CCCUCCUGCCAGCCGAGAUUUGCCCCUGUAACUUCGCAAGCAUGAGCGAUAGGGGCGACGAGGAUGUAGGUUCCGACUCGACUGGGCCGAGACCAGCACUGCAAGUAGGUUCAGUGAGCGGGGCUGCUGGUCUAGUCUACGGGGGUGUUGCCGGUGUGAUCAGGUCUCCUCAUCCGGUCAUUCACUCGGUGUCGUGUGGAAUACAUUGGUUUGCGUGUGGAACAGCAUUCUGGUGGUUAAGAAGCAAUAUUCUUAAACUCCACUAUGAUGACAAGGCCACCGAGCAGCAGCGAGCGUACACCAGUGCGCUCUCCGGUGGUAUUGCCGGGGGAGGUGUGACGAGACUGAUGGGAGGCCGACUCGUGCCAGGAGUCGUCAUCUUUUCCCUUCUUGGAUAUCUUGGACAGAAAUCCUUUUAUGCCGUGGACCGGUGGCAGAUGGAACGGGCCCACGUUCCCUCCAAGCCCUUCCUGCAGCGACUCGCAGACUCGAAAUGGAUCCCGCUACGAUCGCUGUCGGACGACGACUACAAGGGCAUUCUGAGGGAGAAGCUGCUGGGCAUCGAGGCCGAGAUUGCUCUUGUCGACGACCGGAUCGCCGAGCUCCAGAGAAUCAAGGAUUCCAGUGCUGAUGGGGCUCAAUAGUGUAUAAUCUAUAUGUAUAGAACUAUCAUUACUUAUUAAUUUUGAGAUGUGUAAUCUACUAAUAUCAACUAUACUAAACUUCACAG